GAUCACAGUACAGUUUUCAUAGAUAAUUGGCAGAAAAUAAGGUAAGCUAUUUAUAAGAAAUUAAGGCGUUCUGCCUACCUGGCAUUCGUAGAUUGACGCAUAUUGAUAUUAACGUGCGUCAAAAUUGCAUGUAUCGACAUAUUUUCAUUUUCAAUGCACUGGUGAUGAUUCUGACGUUCAAUUGUGCAAUGUGACGUAUACAUUUGUGCAGUGUAGAUGUGAUUAAUAGUUACAAUAUUAAAAAUCAAAGUUACCCUAAUUUCAACAGUACCAUAUGGUAGUGAAUCUCGAGCAAUUGGCACCAUGAGCGCCCCAUUCUGCAGGCCCGAUAACAUUGCCUGCACGGAGGUCGCUGCCGCUAUGAGGUCAUCUCGCUUCAUCCCUGUACUGCUGGCGGCUAUACACUUCUUUAAUUUCCACAAAUAUGACGUAAGAGACCCCGAGGGUUGCGUGCCCGGCAUCGAUGAGUCUAAACUCCUUCCCGAGUAUGACUUCAUCAUAGUAGGCGGAGGUUCUGCCGGUUCCGUUGUCGCAAACAGGCUAUCCGAGAUUGCCAAUUGGAAAACUCUGGUACUGGAGGCUGGCGGCCGUGAGACGGAAGUAUCCGAUAUUCCUAUCUUAGCUGGAUACUUGCAAAAAAGCGAAUUAGAUUGGGAAUACUACACGGAACCCAAUGAGAACUAUUGUCUGGCAUUUGAAGGCGGCAGGUGCCUCUGGCCGCGUGGAAAAGUACUUGGUGGCAGCUCUGUUCUGAACUACAUGCUCUACCUGAGGGGCAACAAGAGAGACUACGACACAUGGAAAUCCUUGGGCAAUAAGGGUUGGGGGUACGAAGAUGUACUAUACUACUUCAAGAAAUCAGAAGAUAACCAAAACCCCGUCUAUUCGCAAACUCCUUAUCAUGGCACAGGGGGAUAUUUAACUGUAUCUGAGGCGCCUUUUCACACACCCUUGGCUGAAUAUUUUGUCCAAGCUGGAAAAGAAUUAGGUUACGAGAAUAGAGAUAUCAAUGGUGCAAAGCAAGCCGGGUUUAUGAUCGCUCAGGGCACGGUGCGAAACGGCAGCCGGUGCUCGACUGCCAAAGCAUUUCUAAGGCCAAUUAAAAAUCGGCCGAAUCUCCACAUCUCUUUAAACUCAUUUGUAACUAAAGUGUUAAUAGAUCCAAGAACAAAAACCGCAUUUGGUGUCGAGUUUGUUAAGAACAAUAAAAUCUAUCGUGUCAGAGCCCGGAAGGAAGUGAUAUUAUCAGCUGGAUCAAUUAAUUCAGCUCAGUUAUUAAUGUUAUCUGGCAUAGGGCCAACCGAAGAAUUAACUAAACACCGAAUACCUGUAAUACAAAAUUUAAAAGUCGGUUAUAACUUGCAAGACCACCCAGCUGCCGGAGGGCUCAAUUACUUAAUGUAUAAAGACGGACAAAAAGCUGUUAAUGUUAAUAUCGACGCGUUAUCCACCUUAGUAGAUUAUGCUGCUGAUGGAACAGGACCUAUGACAAUCCUGGGAGGAGUUGAGGGUUUAGCGUUUGUGAACACCAAAUAUGCAAACGCGAGUGAUGAUUUUCCCGAUAUUGAAUUUCAUUUUCAAACAAGAACCACAAGUACUGAUGGUGGAAAAAGGUUUAGGUCGAUCCAAGGAAUUCCGGAAGAUUUUUUUAAUGCAGUGUUUGCACCGGUCAACGAGCCGUCAUGGUCCAUCAUGCCUAUGUUGCUGAGACCAUAUAGCAGAGGCCGAAUUCAGCUAAAAAGCGCCGACCCAUAUGACCCUCCCCUUAUAUACCCCUUUUACUUCACAGAUGAAAACGAUAUGGAUAUAAAAACUCUGGUCGAAGGAGCAAAGCUCGUAUAUGCUCUGUCGAAAACAAAGGCUAUGCAGAAUUUCGAAUCAAGAUUUAAUCCUAACAUUUUUCCUGCUUGCAAAAAUAUUCCACUAUACAGUGAUGCGUUCUGGGAGUGUAUGAUCCGGCAGUUAACGGUAACGGUAUAUCACCCGGUGGGAACCGCCAAGAUGGGCCCGUACUGGGACCCUAACGCGGUAGUGGACGACGAGCUCCGGGUGUACGGGGUGAAAGGGCUGCGCGUCAUCGACGGGAGCAUCAUGCCACUGAUUGUGAGCGGUAACACCAACGCUCCCAUCAUCAUGAUCGGUGAAAAAGGCGGUGACAUGAUCAAAGAACAUUGGUUAAAGGAAAAAAAAUAUCGCUAUUAGGUUAACCUUCUGCAUCUAAGGUAAAUUUAAUGCUGUUUUUUUGUCAUUCAGUAUAAUCCUCGAGCGACUCAUAGCUCUAUGAUCUAAAUCUGAUACUAGCCACUUUACUUGGUUUGAACUUUCGUAAAUUUAUUUCGUGUGCCUAUCAGAUGUAAUUUAAAAAAAUCAUGAAAUUGUCAUAUUAUCAUAUUGUCUCAUAUACUUAACUUAAAAUAUUUUUUCAACACACUUGCUCGUAAUGUGGAAGUUAUUGAAACGCUUUUAGCCCUAUAAUCCUAGAUAUAAACACACGUGCUAUUUCAUUAUAUUAUAGCACUUGUACGUUAAUAUAUGGUAAUCCGACUGACUAAGGUAACUGAUUGCUAAUCUUAGAUUGGUCGAGUAGAUUUUACAACAAGGACUGGAGGGCGGCCAGCGGCUGGGUCGAAGGGCCGGCAGGCAGUAUGACAGAUUUAUUUAUAGAGUUUUACUAAGUAAUCAAAAUUUCAUUACUUCAUUUCUGAGAAACAUCCUAAAAAUUAUGUAUGUAUUAAAUCCUUAGUCUUUCUGGUA